AAUCAAAUAAAUCCCAAACCCUACGGCCAUAGUAACCGGUUUCCCUCCAUUUCAACACAAUUUCAACUUGUAACCGCUCUCUCACUAUGCAACUCUUCUUCUUCUUCAUCUUCCACUCAAAUCUGUCAAAAUCUUCAUCAACAAUGUCUUCUCACGUGCUCUUCUGCAACGCUUACACUCUCAUCGUCUUCUUCAUGCUUCCUUAUCUAUCAACAUCAGAUGAUUUUAAACCUCCAAGGCCGAUAAUUUCGUUUCAUUUGGAUAAUUGGAAAAUGGAAUAUAGGGCAGGUGAAACUGCAGCUAUCGUGGUUAGUGUACUGGAAGGUUUCGAGUCCAAACAAGACGAACAAGCUUUCAAUCCGAGUGUCUCAAUGAACGGAGUGAUGGGGAACAGUAGUCUUGUUACUGGCCUUUGGUUUGAUAGGAAUAACUGGAGGAUUUUCUUUAUGCCAAUUAUGACAGGGUCGUUCCAUGUGUCUAUUAACGAUGACCGUUUCAAUGUACACUCUUAUAGUAUACAUUACCGUGUCAAUCCAGGUCCGAUUUACGAGUCUGGUGGCGCUGCGUCAUGGAUGGGUCAAGUUGAUGAUUUUGUAGCUGGGUCAAAAGCUACAGUUUUAAUACAACCUAAAGAUGCAUUUGGGAAUAAUGUUACAAAUGCAACUGAAGGACAAAAUAUUUACAAUUUUGAUGUCUAUGCAACAACUUUAAAUGGAUCGAAUGCAAGAUUGCUGGAUAUUAGCAACAAAGGAUGGAAUGAGUUUGGUUAUGUCUGCAUUACAUUUGUUACGGUCACAGCAGGACAUCUCUCAGUUCACAUAAAACAAAAUAACAAUUCGUUGAUUGGUUCUCCAUUGCCUUUAACUGUCCACCCUGAGGCAGUUGAUAUUGCCAACUGUCUGGCACAUUGGAGCACUGAAACAAAAUCUUUUCAGCUGUUUUCAAGGAUGGAAACUUUUGUAAGCCAGAGAGAUAAAUUCGGGAACCUUGUUCCAGGGCUGCAUGAUUUUGAUAUUGAAGUUAUGCAGAAGGGGUCCUUGUUGCCUAUACCCCUAACUAACUUGCAAUACAAGGAAAUAUCUCCGGGCAUUCAAUCUUUUUCUUUCACGGUAGUUAAACCCGGGGACUUCAUUCUCAUCAUCUCAGCGUUUAAGGAGAUGAUUAUGGAUAUGCCCUAUGACUUUAGUAUCUACACAGGGUACUGUGAUGAUCCACAUAGUAGGGUGCAUGGACCUGGUAUACAUGAUUCUAUUGCUGGGUUAGAUUCUAGAUUUACAGUAUCGUUAAAAGAUGCUUAUCAGUAUCCUUCAUUAAUUGAGUUAGAAAGGCUUCAAGUACAAAUUACACUGCCUUCACUCUCUCUUCGUGUAAAUCCACAAAUACGUCCAAGGGGUGAUCCUAAUGGUACUCAGCCAACUGGAAUGCUCAGUUAUGGUGUGUUCGAUCCAACGGGAAUGACUUAUGCUCAAUCUGAUUUCUCACAUGACAAUUCUGUUGAGAACUCGAAAACAACGAGCAGUGACUUUGAUGUCCAUUACGUGCCUGAAAAAACCGGGGUAUAUGAAAUUCGUAUAUUUUGUGGUAAUAUUCCACUGAAUGGUGGCCAUCCAUUCAUAAAGAAAGUACAUCCAGCCAAUGUGAAUAUGUCUCUAUCAGGAGUUUUAAAAUAUGAUAAAAAGGUGUCAGCAGGGAUUCUAAAUUAUAUAGUGGUGCAACUGAUGGAUUCUUUUUAUAAUCCAGUAGUGAAUGAAAAAUCAAGAUUGAAGCUGGAGAUGACUUCAAAGACCGGUGCAGCUUUCUUCCCUUGCCUCUUUAAUGACAACUAUGACGGGACCUACACGGGGUCCUACCUGGCAUAUGGUCCCGGAGAUUUUGAGUUAUGUAUUUCAUUUAUGCAACAAAAGGUCUUGCCUUGGCCCUUUAAAGUCCAGGCGUUUGAUGCUAAGGAGUUCCCUUCAGUCCGCGAUGAUGAAGUUGACGCUUGGGAGGAUCAAUCCGCAGUUGUUAAUGUUCUAAACAACGAUAUCGUCUUUGACGACAAAAGAACAAUUUGUGAAUUUCAAAAGCCCAGUCAUGGUUCGCUUUUGCAGUAUGGAGAUCUAUUAAGAUACACACCAUAUAAAGGAUUUUACGGACACGAUAAAUUUGUUUACAAAAUGGCAAAUGCACAUGGCAAUACAGGUCAUGGUUGUGUAAACAUUUAUGUCCGUACUAUCCCUCCACAAUUUGUUUCUUAUCCAAAACUGUUGCACGCAGUUGAAGAUACACUCAGCCCACAAUUCGGUGGUUAUCCUGGCUUUGAGAUGAUAUAUUCAGACCCAACAGAAAACAUUUCUGUUAUCGUAACUGCACAAAAAGGGACUGUUUUCCUCUCUCCUCUUUUAAUGCAACUUUGGGAUCCAAUGUGGACUGGAAUUACUGUCAGUAAAAUGGAAGGAGGGGAUGAACGUCUGAAUAUAACUGGUCGUUUGGGAGCCGUCAACUUUGCCCUAAAGUCACUCCAAUACAUAGGAAAUGCGAACUUCGCUGGCGAAGAUACUGUUGCGCUCUCCUCAUCUAAUAUAAAUGGCGAAGGACAUGUGGAUGUUAAAAUAUUUGUGGAACCGGUUAAUGAUCCUCCGCUUAUUAAUGUGCCUAAAUUCAUCAUCCUGGAGAAUGCAACAGAAAAUAAAGGACUCUUGAUAUUUGAUAGACAACGAUACAAGUUUAAUUUUUCCAUUGGGGAUCCAGAUCAUCCUUAUUUUACAGGGAAUGGGACUCGCUUCCGAGUCAUGUUUUCGGUGGAAGUAAGUACUGGAACAUUCUCAGCCAAGCUGCCAGCUCAGCUUAUAAGCACAACUGAAUUGAAGUUGAACAGAAGCAAACAGUGGCAACCCCUUGUAACAUUUGUUCAAAUCUCAAAACAUUUUACUGUGAACAAAGUACAAGGCAUUAGAUUUCUGGGAACAAUUAAUGAGUGCAACACUCUUCUCCAUCAUCUGGUUUAUUAUGGUGACAAACAUGGAGUCUUUAGAUUGAGGGUUAAUGAUAUGGGGUGGCACGGGUGUUAUCCAAAUUGUUUUGGGAUGAUGUCGGUGCCUCUUAUGUCUGAGGCUACUGUACAUUUAAUGACAACAAUACCCUUGAAUCCAUUGGUAGCUCAUUCUCUUGGAUCGGCGGUUCUGAUUGAAUCCAUUGUAGUCUCUUCAUUGGCUGUGAUUUUGAUGGUAUUCACAUGUAAAUGUGUAAUCAUUCUUGUACGUGAAAAGAAGAAACAACAAGCAGAGUCUCUGAAUCUUCAACUUAAUGAGCUGCAAAACUCCCAUGAAAAGAUGUCAAGUUCAGGAUCACCUGACAAUGUAAUCCAGCUUACUGGGAAACAUCCUAGCUCCUUCAGGCAAAGUGAACAACCUUCCAGCUUACGAAAACCGGAUGAAGAAACCAAUGUAGCUGAAAUUGCAACAAUGAUACUCUAGUCUCCCGGUUAAGUUUAUUACAUGAAAAUAUUUACAUGUUACAUAUGGUUACCCUUUAUAUCAGUUUAACCUUUUUUUCCUUUUCUGUGAUGGUUUUAUAUUCUUAACUUUUAUGAUUAUAUUAUUAUUAUACUUACUUUUUUCCGGUGUAUAAAAACCAAGUUAUUAUUCCCACGUUUUUUUGCUCCCUAGGAGUGUGAGUUGCAUGCAACUUGUACACCCUUUUAGGUGGUGCAGAUAUGAAUCCAUAAAUAUUUUCCAUUGCCUUUAGUUGACUUUCUUGCAGAUAAUUUGGCUGCAAAUCCGGUAAGCAUGUUGGGGAUAUCUGCGGCGGACAUUCUUAUGGCCAGUAUAUAUGACGUGGACAGAACAAAAGAGAACGAUGUGAGAUUUUCCUAAGUUGUAUAACAACAAGGUUCAUUACUUGUCAAUUAGUGUGGCGGCUCUUGAACAAGCAGACACCAUAAUCCACAUACACUUGGCACAUACCGGUGAAGGUAUCGUGGAAUGUGAACUUUGCAAAUGUUUUGUGAAGGAGCGAGAUGAAGUCGAAGAAGUUCAAAGUGACAAAGCAACCAUAGAAAUAACAAGCCGAUACCAAGGCAAAGUUGUUCGGUUUCUUCGUGUUACUGUUGACAUUGUGAAGGCAAAAUUAGCGGUGGACCAUAGGAUUCUUGAUGGAGCAACCGUGGCACGAUUUUGCAAUGAAUGGAAGAAGCUUAUUGAAAAACCCGAGUUGGUAUUGUUGCAUACGAGAUAACCUAAUCCUUAACCCUCACAAGUGAAAGAUUUUGCUUUGAAUCAAUGAUGAGGUGUGAUUGAUGUUGUAGGUCAUGAAGGGCUUAGGUUGAAUGAGUCAAAUUGUAAGACCAACCGCAAUGUUUUCGAUAAUGGGUUAAAUAAAGCAAUUCGAUA